AUGCUCUCCACGCACUUCCCCACGCAUUCGAUCGGCCUGACGAGCUCCUCGCGCCCGAGCACCAACAGCACCGGCGACGGCAGCGCGUACGGCCCACCCGGUGCGCCUGGGCCUUCUGGCGCCGCAGAUCACCUGUCUGCGCCGCCCGGUCUCCCGAGCAUAUCGCCCUUUAGCACCCGGCCCAACAGCAGCCACGGCUGCCCCGGCUCGCCAAUGGACCGCCCGACGCUGCCACCGCUCAGCUCUCUCAGCCGCCCCGGCACCGCCGGUGGUGCCGGCGGCAGAGGCGACGAGCCGCUCGCAGUCGGCAUCGGCGCCACAGGCGCUGCGGCCGGCGGCGGCGGACGCAACUCUAUCUCCGGCCUCGCAGGGGGAGUGGGAGGUGAUGCUGCCAUCCGCCUUCCGUCGUCUCGCGCCAACAGCCUCUCGUUCGGAAACAGGCUGCCCUCGCGCUCCGGCCCGCGCGGCGAUGCGCUCGACUUCCACACGGCAUCUUCGUCGUUCGCGCUCAUGAACAAGUCGCCCGCGUUUGCUUCUGGGCCCGUCUUUGGUGGCUCUGUGGCAGGUGCAGUCCUGGAAAAGGACCGCUUGCCUUCGCGUGGUGGCCUCCCCGUCGGCUUUCUGGGCAUGGGCGGAACGGCAGAUCGCUCACGCGCGCGAGGAUCCGCAGGGGGCAACGUGAAUGGCAUCGCCACAGGCACUGGCGCUGCGCCAUCCUCCUCGGUGCGCACCAGCCCGGACGACUCUCUGUUCCAAUUCCAUCCGCCUCCAUUGGACCGCGUGCGCGACGAUCGCGACCUCAAGCGCCCCACCGACGACAUGAACGACGGGCGCGCGCACAAGCGCUUCGCGACGAUGGGCGAUGCACCUUCUUGCGGCGAGGUGGUCGCCGCCGCUGGUGGUAGUGGGGGUGGAGGUAGUGGGCUGGGAGGGGGCAGGCCGCCUUCACGCCGCGUGUCGAUCGCCGAUCUGUGCGGGCCGUCGAAUGGGGAUGCUGACGAGGCGGACGUUGAGGACGCGCUCGCAGGUGUCGGGGGCGCUCGAUCGUGA